AUGCAUCUUAAAUCAUCAACACUGGCGCUUGCGGCUCUGCUUUUUUCUGGCAACUCUGCGGCUGCAGAUGAUGCCCAGAGUCCCCUCGUCGGCUCUGGGCAGGAUUAUGUGUCGUCAUCUUCCCGACCGAAUAUCGUCUUCAUCUUGACUGACGAUCAAGAUCUUCACAUGAAGUCUUUGGAGCACAUUCCUCUCAUCAAGAAACAACUGAUUGAGCAAGGAACUCUUUACAAAAAACAUUACUGUACGACGGCAGUGUGCUGUCCGUCUCGCGCAAGUUUGUGGACGGGCAAAUUGGCUCACAAUACAAAUGUUACAGAUCUUAACCCACCCUAUGGCGGAUUUCCUAUCUUUGUCAAGAAUGGUCACAAUGAAAACUACCUGCCUAUCUGGCUGCAGGAUGCUGGGUACAACACGUUCUACACGGGCAAGAUGUUCAAUGCCCACACCAUCUGGAAUUACAACGACCCUCAUCUGAAGGGCUGGAAUUCUUCUGAUUUUCUUCUUGAUCCCAACACGUACGACUACUACAAUGCCACGUUCCAGCGCAAUCGUGAGGAACCAGUAAACUACUUGGGCGAGUACUCUACGGACUUAGUCGCAAAUAAGGCGUACGGUUUUCUGGACGACGCGGUCGAGGCGGGUAAGCCUUUCUUUCUGGGCAUCGCACCUAUUGCUCCCCACAGCAACGUCAACUCCAGCAUCCUUUUCCCCGUCAAGGGUCCCGAUGAAGAUGUCCCCGUAUCCGACGAUAAGUUCAGAGUCAACUUCCCGCUAGCAGCGAAGAGGCAUGAGCACUUGUUCAAAGAUGCAAAGGUUCCGAGGACGGAGAACUUUAACCCCGAUAAACCAUCAGGCGCCGACUGGAUUCGCCGCCAGCCUAAGCUGACGGAUGAAAAUGUGGAGUACAACGACAAGCACUACCAGGGCCGUCUGCGUGCGUUACAAGCCGUUGACGAAUUGGUCGACCGACUAGUUGACAAAUUGGAGAAACAUGGGAUCCUAGACAACACUUACAUCUUCUACACGACCGACAAUGGCUACCACAUUAGCCAACACCGACUGCAGCCCGGUAAAGAAUGUGGAUACGAGGAGGACAUCAACAUCCCUCUCAUCGUCCGCGGCCCGGGUGUUCCAAAAGGUGGCAUUACCGAAGCCGUUACGGCCCACGUCGAUCUCGUUCCUACCAUCCUGUCACUUGUGGGUGCCCCAAUGAGAGCUGAUUUAGACGGUGCUCCGAUUCCUCUCUCCGAGAAGGAGCUCAACGAGUCCCCACUUACCCGCGAACAUGUCAAUGUGGAGUACUGGGGCUGGGCCAUCACUGAGAGCAAGUUUGGAUUCAACGGAGAUGACACGAAGCGCAUUUUCAACAACACUUACAAGGCCUUGCGCGUAGUUGGCGAAGGCUAUAACCUUUACUACUCAGUGUGGUGCACGAACGAGCAUGAGCUUUACGACAUGACUACCGAUCCUGGCCAGCUGCACAAUCUCUUGCACGCUGAUGAAGCUGCCCUGGCUGCGAAUACAACCAUCCUCGGCUACCCUCUGAAGAAGGUUCUCCCCCGCCUAGACUCGCUCCUGUUCGUACUCAAGUCCUGUAAGGGUACUACAUGCUCUCGGCCGUGGCACGCUUUGCACCCUUCCGGAAAUGUUGGCAGUCUGCACGACGCUCUUGUGCCUCGCUUUGAUGAUUUCUACAAUCUGCAGACGCGUGUGAAAUUCGAUCACUGCGAGCUUGGACAUAUUGUUGAGGCUGAAGGACCGCAAUUCGAGCACGACGGAGCGGUGUACUGGAAGGGUUCUAAGUGGAGCGACUGGACGUAA